UAUACUGGACCGUUAUCACCAUCUCUGAGCAGGACCUUGAUCGGAUAAAUAUCCUGCAGCAGUCAGCAGUCACUCACAAUCUCAAGGGACCAGACUGAUUGCAGGUCCAACAUGGCCUCUUACAUACAUGUGGCUGUUUCCAUCCUGCUGCUGUCCACAUUAACAUCAGUGCAAAUGAGAGGGGGCAGUUCACCAGCACAAGAUAUAUGUAACCUGAAUGAUGGGUUUGGGAUAUACUGCCCAACCACAUGUGGAGUUGCUGAUUACCUACAAAGAUACAUGCCUGAUAUGGACAGACAGCUGGGUCAAUUGGAACAGGAUUUGGAGGAUAUCGUCAACCUUACCAGAGGAGCACAGGACAAAGUGGUCUACUUGAAAGACUCAGAAACACAAACACAAAAACAAUCACCAGAAAAGAAACGCUGCAUGGCUAUUGGCUGUGCAGCUGAAGUUCGCGUUGCUGAUUGGCUGAGUAAUACUGUGAUAGAGCAAGACCAGCCUCGACGAUGUUCCAGAAAUCUCCCUGAGGUGAGUACGGAUGGUUUGCUUUUCUAACGUCUGCCUUUAAUAACGAAUUUUAAGAAAUAAAAUAUGUUGCCAAAGUGCUGUAUACUAUUUUUGCCUGAAAUUUGUUUAUGCAUCAGCUAAUUCUGAAUAUUAGUGCAAUAUUGCCUGAGCAAGAGUGCUUUUUAAAGGUAUUUUAGCAGAGGUUAGUCAUUGAUGUUAGGCCGCUGGAGAUCGAUGUUAUUUUUUCCUGUUUGAAAGUGCCUUUGGGACAGUAUUUCCUAAUAUUCACCGCCUAUUUAAGAAAUAAAUUAGUUUGAGGUGACUGUGAGGCAUUAGACAUUUGUGAGGCCUGAAUGCUGCGUGUUGGGUGUCAUUAAAGCACGUAUUUUUUGCUGUUCCAUAUACGUCUGUAAGUGGUUUUUCACAUAUCCACGAGGUAAUAAUAGGCAGAGCUCUGAAACUACACACAGACCGCCGUGUCUGACACGCUAGUGGUGGCGAAUCGGCUCAGAUUCACACACGGAGUCCGUGUGAGGUACAUAUUAACGGAACUUAUCCGUUUCCUCUCGGUAGCGGGGUGCGGCCGGCUUCCCGCUUUGAUCUUAAAUGAGCGCGAAAUAGUUUCGAAAUCAUUUCG